CAAAAAAUAUCCUUCAUAUUGGACAUCGACUCAAACUCAGCCUAUAUUUUCUCCUUCCUUCUUUUCCUUACAUCAUUAAUGAAACUUGGUAACUGAAAAAGAGAGAGAGAGAAAAAAAAAAAACUAAGCACGCAAUUUUGGCCCCAGAAAACAUGGAAGUUUUAUGUUCUUCCUCUCUACCGAUACACUCACGUUGCCUAUUUUCCCAUCCUUCAUCACCUCCACGUUUGCCCUUCCAGUUCCACCCAAAUAACAAUAAUUCAAUUUCUUCUUCGAAUUCUUCUUGUUUUGGCCUCUCAAUCUCGCGUUACAAUAACUUUGUUCGCGUUAAACACUCCCAUUCUCGUAAAAGAAGAAAACCCCUUCAUAUUUCUGCAGUUUUCGAGCGUUUCACAGAACGAGCAAUUAAAGCCGUGAUCCUUUCUCAGAGAGAAGCCAAAUCUCUAGGCAAAGACAUGGUUUUUACCCAGCAUCUUUUGCUGGGAUUGAUUGGUGAAGAUCGCGACCCCAAUGGUUUUUUGGGGUCGGGCAUAAAAAUUGAUAAGGCUCGUGAGGCUGUUCGUAGCAUUUGGCAAAGUAGUAAUCCUGAUUCGGGUGAGGAUACGGGUUCUGGGUCGGGUAAACAAGAAGGGUCUAUUGUUUCUUCAACGGAUGUGCCGUUUUCGAUUAGCACGAAACGGGUUUUUGAGGCUGCUGUGGAGUAUUCGAGAACUAUGGGGUAUAAUUUUAUUGCACCUGAACAUAUUGCUAUUGGCCUGCUUACUGUUGAUGAUGGAAGUGCUGGUCGGGUCCUUAAAAGAUUGGGAGCAGAUCUGAAUCAUUUGGCAGAUGCAGCAGUCACCAGACUGCAAGGGGAGCUUGCAAAAGAUGGUAGUGAACCUUCAGUGCCAUCAAAAAGGAUGCGUGAAAAAUCUCUUUCUGGUAAUGCCACUGUUUUGAGAUCCACUAACAAGGCAAGAGGGAACAGUGCUUUGGCACAAUUCUGCGUGGAUCUUACAGCUCGUGCAAUUGAAGGACUCAUUGAUCCUGUUAUUGGCAGAGAGACUGAAGUUCAAAGAGUUGUUCAGAUACUUUGUCGCAGGACCAAGAAUAACCCUAUUCUUCUGGGUGAAAGUGGGGUUGGAAAAACAGCCAUUGCUGAAGGACUUGCAAUUAGUAUUGCAGAGGCAGAAACUCCUUCAUUUCUCUUGAAUAAAAAAAUAAUGUCCUUGGACAUAGGACUAUUGAUGGCUGGUGCGAAGGAGAGGGGAGAAUUAGAGGCACGUGUUACUGCUCUACUAAGUGAGACAAUAAAAUCAGGUGAUGUCAUUCUUUUUAUUGAUGAAGUCCACACACUUAUUGGAUCUGGUACAGUUGGCCGAGGAAACAAGGGAUCUGGUCUUGACAUUGCCAAUCUAUUGAAGCCUGCACUUGGGAGGGGUGAAUUACAGGCCUUGCUAUUAUUUUGCCUGCAGUGUAUCGCAUCAACGACUAUAGGGGAAUAUAGGACCCAAUUUGAAAAGGAUAAAGCAUUAGCACGAAGAUUCCAGCCAGUGUGGAUUAAUGAGCCAAGCCAGGAGGAUGCAGUUAGGAUACUGCUUGGCUUGCGUGAGAAAUACGAGUUCCAUCACCACUGCAGAUACACUCUGGAAGCAAUAAAUGCUGCUGUAUACCUGUCAGCAAGAUACAUUCCUGACAGGUAUCUUCCGGAUAAAGCAAUUGAUCUCAUUGAUGAGGCUGGAAGUAGAGCUCGUAUUGAGGCAUUUAAGAGGAAAAGAGAGCAAGAAACUGGUAUUCUCUCAAAAGCACCAAAUGAUUAUUGGCAAGAGAUCAGAACUGUUCAAGCCAUGCAUGAAGUGGUUAUGGCCAAUAGGUUGAAACAUGAUGAUGGCGCUUCCAAUGAGGAUGAUUCUAGUGAACUCCUUUUAGAAUUCCCUUUGCCUCCCACUUCAGAUGAUGAUGAACCUAUAAUGGUGGGACCUGAAGAAAUUGCAGCCAUUGCUUCAGUUUGGUCAGGGAUCCCAGUGCAGCAGAUCACUGCAGACGAAAGAGUGCUUCUACUAGGUCUUGAUGAGCAGCUUAAGAAAAGAGUUAUUGGUCAGGAUGAGGCUGUUGCUGCCAUUUCUCGAGCUGUUAAGAGAUCCCGGGUUGGCCUGAAGGAUCCUGAUAGACCAAUUGCUGCAAUGAUCUUCUGUGGUCCAACUGGGGUUGGCAAAACUGAAUUAACUAAAGCUUUAGCAGCGUGCUAUUUUGGGUCGGAGGAUGCCAUGCUUAGAUUGGACAUGAGUGAAUAUAUGGAGCGGCAUACAGUGAGUAAAUUAAUAGGAUCACCCCCAGGUUAUGUAGGUUAUGAAGAGGGUGGUAUGCUUACAGAAGCUAUUAGGAGACGACCAUUCACAUUGGUAUUGCUUGAUGAAAUAGAGAAAGCUCAUCCAGAUAUAUUCAAUAUCCUUCUCCAAUUGUUUGAAGAUGGCCACCUUACAGAUUCUCAGGGUCGAAGAGUAUCUUUCAAGAAUGCUUUGGUGGUGAUGACUUCCAAUGUGGGUUCUUCUGCCAUAGCAAAGGGUAGACGUGGCUCCAUUGGUUUCUUGCUUGAGGAUGACAAAUCAACUUCAUACACCGGAAUGAAGGCUCUGGUAAUGGAAGAACUGAAGGCAUAUUUUCGUCCGGAGUUACUCAACAGGAUUGAUGAAGUAGUUGUAUUUCGGUCUCUUGAGAAAGCUCAGAUGCUUGAGAUUGUAAAUCUGAUGUUGCAAGAGGUGAAGGCAAGGAUCAUGUCUCUUGGAAUUGGUUUGGAGGUGUCUGAGUCAAUCAAGGAUCUAAUCUGUGAACAAGGCUAUGACCAGACCUUUGGUGCACGGCCCCUUAGGAGGGCAGUUACCUCAAUAGUUGAAGAUCCCUUGAGUGAAGCACUCCUGGCCGGAGAUUACAGACCCGGUGAAACGGCUGUGAUUGAUCUGGAUGCUUCAGGAAACCCCAUUGUUACUAUUCAAUCAGAUCGGAACAUCAGCUUGUCUGAUACCGCAUCCAUCUUCUAGUUGCUUAUUCCAGUAGUAUAUAAUUUCACGAUGUAACCUUAUACGUGUAAAUAGUAUAGGAAUUAUCUUUUUGGUAGUUUAGGGUAACAUUAAUUUAUUCAAUUGUAUAUAAGUAAAGCUUUGAAGUUAAUUCGGCAAACUGUUGUUUCAAAGUUCAAACAAUACCAGUGUGGUAUUUCAUUUUCCCCCUCUCCCAUGGUGAAUUUCUUCAA